GCUUUUUUCCGAAGGAGCAUUCAGAAGAACAUGCUGUACACCUGCCACAGAGAGAAGAGCUGUAUCAUCAACAAGGUCACCCGAAACCGCUGCCAGUACUGCCGGCUGCAGAAGUGCCUGGAAGUGGGCAUGUCUAAAGAAUCUGUUCGGAACGACCGGAACAAGAGGAAGAAGGAAGAGAAGAAGCAGGAGUGUUCGGAGAGUUACGUGUUAAGUCCUGAUACGGUGCAGAUGAUCGAGCGGGUCAGGAAGGCCCAUCAGGAAACCUUCCCCUCUCUGUGCCAGCUGGGCAAAUACACCACCAACAACAGUGCAGACCACAGGGUCGCUCUGGAUGUGGACCUGUGGGAUAAGUUCAGUGAACUCUCCACCAAAUGCAUUAUUAAGACGGUGGAGUUCGCCAAGCAGCUGCCGGGCUUCACCACACUCACUAUCGCGGAUCAGAUCACCCUGUUAAAGGCCGCCUGUCUCGACAUCCUGAUUCUGCGAAUAUGUACACGCUACACACCGGAUCAGGACACCAUGACGUUUUCAGACGGUCUGACACUGAACCGCACGCAGAUGCACAACGCCGGCUUCGGUCCACUGACGGAUCUGGUUUUCGCUUUCGCCAACCAGCUCCUGCCUCUGGAGAUGGAUGAUGCAGAGACGGGGCUCCUCAGCGCCAUCUGUCUGCUGUGUGGAGACCGGCAGGAUCUGGAGCAGUCGGAUAAGGUGGAUGUGCUUCAGGAGCCACUGCUGGAGGCCCUGAAGAUCUACGUGAGAAAGAGGAGGCCUCAUAAACCACACAUGUUCCCCAAGAUGCUGAUGAAGAUCACAGACCUGAGGAGCAUCAGCGCUAAAGGAGCCGAGCGAGUAAUAACUCUGAAAAUGGAGAUUCCCGGCUCCAUGCCUCCACUCAUUCAGGAGAUGCUGGAGAAUUCGGAGGGUCUGGAGGGCGGCGGGGCGAGAGGAGGAGGAGGAAAAGGAGCGCCACCAGGAAGCUGCAGCCCCAGUUUGUCUCCGAGCUCAACACACAGCAGCCCCUCAGCUCACUCCCCCUGAGUCUCACCUCCAGACAGGGCUCCGUACGGAACAAACUGGUUCCAAACCAGAAAUAAGCCACAGCCGACCCGCGCCAGAAACCAGAAUUCCGGUAGACUUUGAUCCGGGAUGACCGGACCCGAACAGUUAAUCUGGCCGGCUUUCAUUAGCUGAAGACCAAUUGAGCUCCACACAGGCCGAGCCUGCUCAAAACUCACACCGUCAAUAAAAGCAGCAGUGAUUCAGUGACUAGCAGAGUCCUGCAGCUGUCCACAUGGCUGUGAUCUGUGGAGACGUCCUGUGUGUGCAGAAGCGGCUCUUUUCUGUGUCUUCCCAGCUCCGCUCCCAUCACACAAACUGUGAAGGCCCAGAUGAAGCUCUCUUUGUCUUGAGCCUGCGACUUUAUUUUAUAAAUUUUAAUCUCUUAAGAGCAAGCUAAAGGACAUUAGGACUUCAAAUGUCCGCAAGUCAGGGACAUUUUGAACUUUCCAGCCGUUUUGGUUCGGUUUCUUUUGUUUUCUUACAAAAAGAUAUAUGAAUAUAUGAAAUCUAUAUUGACAGAAAAAUGAGAUUUGAAUCUUGUGUCUUAGGUGGAAUGCAGAACAGUUCUUAUCUUCUCUCUCUCUCACUUAUCUCUCGAGGGUUAAACACGUUUCUGGUCGACCCACUGUCAUACACAAGGGAACUGAAAAUCACACUAGCACUGAAAAUCAUCUGAUGGGGUUAAAACACAAUUUUGUUCAUGAUUUCGAGACUUAUUCACAAUGAUCAACUUGGCAGUUGUGGCAAAGAAAUGAAGGAUCUCAUGUCAACAGCUUGUGAUUAUGACGAUGUGUAUGAGAUCUCAGAGUGGGAAAUGCCUUUGUGUAGCUUUUUAAUAUUGUUUCUUAAUUUACUCUUAAUUUUUGUAAUUGUCAGCUGUCGAAAGACAGAGACGACCUCUACACAGUAUUAGCAGAUUACAAAAUAAAAAAAGAGAUUUCCAAACAUAAUGACUCACAAAGAAUACAAAGUGUAUUUUUAGUGCUCGAAGAAAAACGUGCCAUUUCAAAAGUAUUGAGAAUGUUGUAACAGAACGUCAUGCCUUUUUUUCUUUUUUUUACACCUCAGUUUGUGGUAGAUUUGUUUCUAAUCAUCUGUCACGUGUCUCUUCUGUACCUUACACAACAUCUCUGCCUCUGCUCUCCUGCAACAAUCAUUGAACAGUUGUGAACAACAACACUGCCUCUGUGUGACAAUCACUUUAAGUAAAGCUCACAAACAA